CAGAAAAAAAAACGUGGCUUCUCCCUGUGUGACGGUCCCCUCCACCCCCCUGCCUCCCUCCACCAGCGGGAACAAAAAGACAUCUGAGACAUGGGGAUGGGGAGGAAAACCUCUCAGCGCUCUGUGAGGCCGCCGUCGUUGCCGCGCUCCGGUUUCACAGGCUUCAGACAGGCGGAGCGGCGCGCUGUUUUUACGCACAGCCACCGUCCUGCGGGGCAUUCACGGCGCCGUUCCGGAGCUGCUGGGCACCUGGCUGUGGGAGAAACGCCACUUAAUUGGAUACCAGAAUCUAGAUUAAGGUGAUUCUUCUCCUCUUUAUGCGCGUUUCUGCACAGAGGACGCGCGUGGCUGACCAAACGUGACGCGCGGACGUUUUUAUUUUCAACCUGGGAUAUUUUUUUUUAUCUAAAAGAGACUUUGGCACAGUUCUGUGAGGGUUUACAUUACGAUCUUCUUCAUAAGGGAAGCCGAGCACACUGAGAGGAUUUUUUCCACGUUGUUAUUUACUCAUUAACUUCACCAGCUUUUUUUGGCGACAAGACUGAACAGGUCGCAGUCGGUAAGAAAAGGGGAGCAGUGCCUUAAAAAAACUGGCUUCGUUUAAUCAAGCGAUGUGAGUCACCAAAGUAUUGAGGGGUACAGAUCCUGCGAGAGGCCUUGGCAGCACUGAGAGCAGAGGAGAGGCGUUCUGUUGGCGCACAAAGGAGCAGCAGGAGGAGGUGCCUCUUCGCCUUGAAGCUGCGCCGCUCUCGGACGGAUUCUUCAUGUUCGCUCCAGCCUCAGAGGAGACAGCCCGCUCCGAGCGUUUACGUGCCGUGACAGCACGCUGUCAGACAUGACGCGCCGCGCCGUAUGGAUAGCCAGGAACAUGAGCGCAGCGCAGCGCGGAAGAGGCGGCUCUCCGUUCCGCCACGGUGCGCUCUUGACGCAGAAAGCCCGCGCGACAGCAGGUGGGUCCAGAUGGAGGGUUCGGCGGAGGGACAGACGGAGCUCCGCUGUCACGUCGGCGAGCGCCAAGGUGCUGCUCUGGGUGCUGGUUUCUCUGCUGCCUGUGGUGGAAGGAGUUCACGUGAGAGCGGCUGCUGAAGGAUCCGACUCCAGCCACGCCGUGGGCGUCCUGGGAGGCCAGGAGGAGAAGGAGUUUCCAGUGACGCUGCCGGAGGUGGUGGAAGACAAGGAAGACGACAGCGACCCUCACUCCACCUGGCAUGCUCUCUACGAGCCUUUCGUGAUGGAUGAGAUGGAUGACCAUCCCAGCAUCCGCUGGGCGGGGCGCUCCCCGCGCUCCUCAGACCCCACAGAACCUCAAUCUAAAGGAUCUCAGAAGAAAAAGAAGAGGAAGAAAGACCCGGAGGAGGAGGAAGAGGCGGGAAAAGCGGACAGGAAGGGCAGAGACAGAAGCAGGCCCCCAAAGCAGAGCAGCCGGGACUGCCGGGUGGAGAAGAGGCAGAUGAAGGUGCGGGACCUGGGACUGGGCUUCGACUCGGACGAGAUCGUCCUCUUUAAGUUUUGCGUGGGCUCCUGCCAGUCUUCCAGGACAAACUACGACUUGGCCCUGAAAGCGCUGCUACAGAACGGCUCGCUGCCCCGCCGCACCGUCCGAAAGGUCACCAGCCACCCCUGCUGCCGACCCGACCGCUACGAGCCGGUCUCCUUCAUGGAUGCCCAAACAACGUGGAGGACCAUCCAGUCGCUGUCCGCCGCCAGCUGCAUGUGCAUGGGCUGAAGAGGGAAAAACCAGGAGGAGACGGUGACUAAAAGCUCCCGGAAAUGCUUUCAGUGCAGCCGGGGUGCAGGAUGACCAGAGGGGGGCGCUGUCACCCCGAUGAGAAAGAGGCUGCUCAAAGGCUGAGGAGAUGAUCAUCAGGGAAUCCCAGUCUGGAUUUAGGAUUAUUUUUCCACAAAUGCAAGAUGCUGAAGGCUGGACAUUACUUAUGCAGAUACAAACCACAGACCUCUAGUGUGAACACAUAUUUGAUGUGAGAGAAACCUGAAGGCAGAUGCUCGACUCACCGUUUAUAUUCAGACGCAGAUGCUGAAACCAGCUCUUUUUUGGUUAUUUCUACCCAAACAGGGACGUCACACUUGCAUCUCCUCUGUGUUCAGGUGAACUCAGCCAAAUGGAUGCCAUGCAUCUUCGUGUAUUACUGUGUAAAAGUAAACUAUAUUUAUUUUCAAAUAAAUUAUUUAUUUAUUACGGCUUCUUAUGAGAGCUAUUUUUACUGACUCUUUCAUGUAGAAAUAGGAAUACCUAAAUCUCUAAAAUAUUUAUUGCUAAGAUUCACAUUUCACGUUUACGGUGGCUUCUGCUCACACGUUUAUUUUGUUUGUUUUUUUCUACGUCGGAUUUUUACGGAGUCCCUAAAGGGACAUCAAAGUAAAAAAAAAAAAGAAGAAGUAAAAAAAAACGUUUUUUUCUAAUAGUGACUCG